AGAAAAGGCGAGGAGGGAAGAGGAGGGGAGCAGCAGCAUGAAAAAGCCAGUGAGCGAUCAAGGGAAAGAGAGCAAGAGAGUGAGGGAAAGGGAGCGGGCACUCUGAAUUGUGAGUGGCUUACGACACUCAGUGAACAGAAGGUGCUCCUGCAUGCGCUGUCAGUGUGCCGCUCUGCUGCAAGGGAUUGUGUUGACUCCUUUGCUUUACCACGUUCACCGUGCCUGCCUGCCUGCCUGCCUGCCAGCGCCAGUCUCAAACAGCCUCUCCCUGCCGGCCGAGAAAACACCGGGAGAAAGAGAGAGAGAGAGAGAGAGAGCACGGGAGGCGAGCGAAAAAACUGGGAGCCACAGGGUGAUGCGUGCGACUUAAAAAAAAAAAAAACAACCCAAGACGAGCCGCUGAGGGGACGAGGGAUACUGUUACACAAGAUAAACCGUGAACAUGGUUCACCUCUUUCAAUCCUUUUCUCUUCUUUUUUUUUUUGCAUUGGUCACUGAAAGCACGGUCAGCCGCUCGAAUGGAUUUAAACCGUACAAGUGAGUGAUCGCUUCUACGGAUGGACGGUGAUACGUGUUGACAGAUCUGCUGAAACUUAAGCGGGAAGGGGAGGAGAAACGAGCGAGACGUUUGAAAAGAUUUUUCCUUGGUCCCUUUCUCUUUUUUUUUUCUUUCUGUGGUUGUCUCUUCUUCCCUCUGAUCAUUGCAGCAGAGGACUGCGGAGGAGCAAAAGAGACAGAGCUCAUGUAUGCAGACAGGGGAACUUGCACUUCCUACCAUCUAGCUGAAAGCUACUUGGAUUCCUUCUCUUUUUGGCUCUUUCCUUUGAGGAGAACUAAGACAUUGUAAGCCUGCCAAGGAUCUGGUGUCCACUGAAAAGAGAAAAGGGAGGGAGCAGGAGGGAGGGGGGAGAAAUUUGUACCACAGUGGGGUCUUUUUUAGAUUCACACAUAAUUAGUGUCGGGGCACAAAGCGAGCCGCUGAAUGGAGAUUGUCAGCUUUUGGAUAGGGGUGAGUAGGAAUCUUUUCAAAUAAGAUCAAUGAGGACAAUUUUAUUUUUUCCAUCCCCUCUACUCUCCACCCACUGCUUGAUUUCUGGCACUAGCGAGGAGACGUGCCCUCUAUCCUUUUGCAUUUUGGACAAAGAUUCCUUUGGUUUUCAAAGUAAACGAAGUGCAAUACCAGUGUCUUCAGAUAGAAUACAAAAUUGCAAGAAAUAUUCUUACACUCAUUGAAUAUGAUGUGAUUGCUGCGAAAACAAUAUCCAGAGUGGUUCAAUGGACAUUUUCUCAGAGUCAUCUCUGGAUACUUAUGCUAAUGGAUUUCCUUCUAAUUGGACUGUACUUAAAGUGGCCACUGAAAAAGCCCCCUGGGUUGAUACUGUGUUUGUUGGGGAUUUUUCUCAAAACGGUUCCCUCGGUAGAGGGGGUUUGUCCAAGGCUGUGCCGCUGCGACAGCAAGCUGCUGUACUGCGAGGGGCUCAACCUCACAGACAUUCCCCGCAAUCUGAGCAGUGCCAUGGGCCUGUCCAUGAGAGAGAACAACCUAACCGAGCUGCGUGAAGGCCAACUGGUCAGUCUGUCACAGCUCACCUGGCUCUAUCUAGAUCACAACAACAUUGACAUUGUAGAGGAGGGUGCUUUUGACAGGCUAAGACGGGUCAAGGAGUUGGACCUCAGCAGCAACCGGAUUGACAGUCUGCCAAAUGGCACCUUUAGGCCCCUCCCCAACCUGCGUAUCCUGGACCUCUCGUACAACAGGCUGCAAGCACUAGAGCCUGAUCUGUUCCACGGCCUUAGAAAGCUCACCAAUUUGCAUUUGCGCUACAAUGUUUUGAAAUUUGUGCCAGUGCGGAUUUUUCAGGAUUGCCGGAGCAUGCAGUUUCUGGACUUGGGAUACAACCAACUGCAGAGCCUGGCGAGAAACUCCUUCGCCGGCCUCUUCAAGUUGACUGAGUUGCAUCUUGAGCACAACGAGCUGGUUAAAGUGAACCUCGCCCACUUCCCCCGCCUCAUCUCCUUACGUACACUUUACAUGCACAACAACCGCGCCACUGUCGUCGUCAACACCCUGGAAUGGACAUGGCAUUUUUUAGAGAAGGUCGACCUGUCAGCCAACGAAAUAGAGUCCAUGGAACCACAUGUUUUUGAGAGCGCACCCAACCUCAAGGUGCUGAUGCUGGAUUCCAAUCGGUUGACCUCUGUGGACCAGCGCAUCCUGGAUUCAUGGUCCUCUCUGGAGAGCGUAACCCUGGCAGGGAACGAGUGGGAGUGCAGUCGCAACGUGUGCGCCCUGGCCUCUUGGCUCAGUGCCUUCCGAGGCCAGCGUGACAACACCCUGCUGUGUUCAAGCCCCGACACGGCGCAGGGCGAGGACGUGUUGGAUGCCGUGUAUGCUUUUCAGCUAUGUGAGGAUCCCCCGAUGGAGGCCACUACAGCGGGCCUGUACGCCUCCACGAGGGACCGGCCCCAGGGCGGCUCGGUUUUCCUCGGCCCGUUCACCCCGAACCCGUACGAGGGCGAGGGUGGCGAGGUGGUAACCAGUUCUUUCACCGUCACAGUGGGCCACGAUGACCUGGAGAACACCAUGCAGAUCCACAAGGUGGUGACUGGCACCAUGGCACUCAUUUUUUCCUUUCUCAUCAUUGUGCUGAUGCUGUACGUGGCAUGGAAGUGCUUUCCAGCAGGAAUACGACAACUGAGGCAGUGCUUCAGCAGUCAGCGCCGUAAGCAGAAGCAGAAGCAAAGCAUGCAGCAGAUGGCUGCGAUUUCUACUCCGGAGUACUAUGUCGACUACAAACCUAACCACAUUGAGGGAGCUCUGGUCAUCAUCAAUGAAUAUGGCUCUUGCACUUGCCAACAGCAACCUUCUCGGGAAUGUGAGGUGUGACUGCGAUUUGUGAAUAAGUCUUAACCUGUGAUUUUUCUGGAAAUACAGUAAAUCCCCUUUUGGAUACAAGGGGGAGGGAAGAAGGAAUACAUGGAUCUUUUGUGACUCUUUUUACACAGCAUCUCACUGUGAUUUGGAGGAGUGUGCUUCGUGCGGCUGACUAUUUUGCAGUGGAUUUAGUGCUUCUGCUAUCUACUGUAUAUGUGAGGCCACAGGGCAUCAUGGCCACCGGACUCUAAGACCUGUUGAUGUUCUACAGUAACCCGGAGAGGAAUACAUCGUGGGCACUGAGACUUUUCUCUCAUGGGUGGAUAUUAGAGCUUUAAUGCGUCUUUCUACGUCAGGACAUUUAAUUAUUGUGUAAAAAGAAAACUGGGGACACUCAUAAGAUAAAAAAAAUACAAAAGAAAAAAAACAUUUGUAUUAUGACAAAUACAAUAUUUGACAAGCAUUUAAAAUAUAUAUAAAAAACAUGUUUAAGUUGGAUUGAAAUGUAAAAUACAAGUCUGUGUAAAAUAUGUUAAAAAAGAACGGCGCGUGUGGAUAGAACGUUAUAAAAGAUAAUCUAUUUCUUUUGUAAACUACAAAAAAUGUUGAAAUAAAUGAACUGCUAUUCACAGUAAAAUCAUUUGUAUGUGACACGCCUGUCAGAAACAAUGGAUGACCAUCGACGCUGUCUAUAGGCUAAUGACAAGAGGGAUAUGUCUCUUCAGUGUAUCGAACCAAAAAAAAAAGAAUAAAUACGGAAAAAAGGCGAGCAGAGGGAUAUCUGCAACUCAUCUCCAAUGUACCACCCAUGGUCCGUUAGAUCUCUUUGUUUUAUCUUCCAUAUUUGUUGUUUUAUCAUUCAAUGUGUUGGCUCGCUAUCAGUGCAGUUUAUUUUCCACAUUGCCUAUCUGAGAAUAGGUUCAAGUGAUCUAUCACAUUUCAUCGGCAGGCGUAUUACCAUAUCAUUACAUCACUAUCCGUGCACCAUCCAAGCAGAGUGUCAAAGAUCUAAAGCUAUGCCUCUUAUUGCCUCUCAUUGUCUGGAUUUCACAGAGGAGCGAUGCGUCCUUCCACUGAAUCAAGCACACAACUAAAGGACACAAUCAUCUAAACCAUGCAAACUGAAAAUUAAAAUACAAUGUAAAAUUGUAUCAGAAUCAUUGAAUAAAUUAUCCAGCAGCUCAAAGGAAGAUUUGCACAUACAAUGUUUUUUCACUGUGUUUUCAUGUGAUGUAAAAUGUUUGUUGAAUACAAGGUCAUUUUGAGGUGUGUAUAUAUACAUCUAUAUAUAUAGAAAUAUAUCUAUAUAUAGAUAUAUAUAUAUAUAUAUCCUUCUUCCUCUGGUGUUCAUUCUGUAAAUUAGUGCACUGACAGAUGUUGUGUUUCCGGGGCUCUUUGACAUGAACAGUAUGUUUUGGGAGAAGACGGGAAGUCAGAGGGAGAUGGAGAAUCACAGCUACUGCGGAAAGAGGGAACAGGCUGCUCUCUAGUGUGCAUAUUCUCAUACUGUGGCUGCAUUUUACCCUGCACCCCGCUCUGCCAACCUCCAAGCUAAGGGAACAUCAUAAUACUGAAUAUGCGGCGGCUUUUCUGGAAAGGAAAUUCAAUGCAUCAAUCUGAAUCAUUUUUGUGUUAUUUUGCGAUAAAUUAAGAUAAUGUUUACAACUUGUAAGUCAGCGGGAAUAAAAAUGUUUAAGAAAUCACUGACAAUCUUCACAUAAUUAGUUACAUCAAGAGUAAAACGUUAUUUUAAACGUUAUCAACAGCAUUGCAUGUGCAGUUGGUGUUCAGGUGUUCUUUGGACAUUAUGCAACCACGGAUAACCACAGGUAAGAGUGGGUUGGGUUAGAGGUUGUUCGGUGAGUUCUAAAAUGGUGGAAACUGAACGAUACAGAGUGCAGAAGAAGUCCAAUCUGUCUGAAAAGAAAUGUAGUAGAAAUGUCUUGCAUCAAUUCCAUUUGAAAAAGGCUCAUUAUUAGGGGUUUCAAACUAAAAUAUUGUCCAUCCAUCCAUUCAAAAAGGCAACUAAUGAUUGAAUGGACAAGCACUUUCACACUAUUUUAAGCCUUAAGACAUAUACUGCAGUCUUUGGAUAAUAUUGCACCCUCUGAAAUAACAUUUGUGUACAUUCUUUGUACAUUUGUGUUAGUUAUUGUAAUCACAGAUUGUCAAAUCCCCGAGGGACCUGCAAAGUGAGCCACCGCAUAUAAAUUUCAAAUUACUUUGCUUCCUUUCACAGCUUAAAGGAUUUCUCUCAGGUAAAAUUCCAUCACAGACUAAUCAUACUUCUUAAUAUGAACGAUAUGCUGGGAAAUCAAGUGUUUGCACUUGAGUGAACUAAAUUCAAACUAUUACCUUCUUAAAAAUCCUUAAGAGGCUGAAAACCAUGCAGUAUAAUUAUAUAAAUUCAAUGGGAGACAUGACAUGUACUUGAAAGAAAAUCUGAAAUACUCAAAAUGUCCUAAUCACUUUCAACAUGGAAUUCAUAAAUCAGUUUCCAAAACUCUAGCGUGACUUUCUGCCUUCAAUUAUUUCCAAACAGUCUGUCUUCACACACCCAUGAUGCAUCAUUGCGCUGAAUGAUGUUUUUUAAUCAGAAACUACCCUCUGUGGUCUGUGAUAGUAAAGGGACCCUUUUUCAGCAAUUACCAUCCAAGCAACGUCAAAUUAAGCCCACGCAGGAUGAAAAAUAAAGGUGCAGGGUGAGCAAUAUACCCGCGACGUACUUUCAUGUUUUUAUGGCUGGUAACAAGUUCUCUGCCGAAGAACUAAACGAAUAGAUGGGAUGCAAAUGCAUUUAGUGCACAAGUAACAAUACACCAAUGGUGCUGUUUUUUUAAGGGGAGGCAUUUUGGGGUGGGAUGAUAGCUUUAAAUUGUCAAGCGGGAUUUACAUUCCGUUUAAUAUUAAUGGUAUCAAAGGCAAUGUCCUUUAAGAGCAGACAAUUGCUGUGUCACAUAUCAUGUGGGUGCAACUGACUGCAGUGGGUGAGGUAAGGCCUCAUGAUGCCAACACCUACUUAUUUGCUCUUCUUUACACAACCCCCCCCUCCCUCCCCCUUAGAGUCAUGGACUUCAUGGACCUCUCAACACAACGGCUGGGUCUUCUUUGAGGACC